AUUAUAAAACCCACACUUGUCCAGAAUCGCUCUCUUUGGGCAACCCGAAAAUCAAUCCGUUUACACACCAUGAGGACCCUGCCCGUCCUGCCCGAUACCUGACUGAAAAAUUACGGGCAGUCAGUCAGUCAGUCACCACCAAUCACGAUCGGACGGUCGAUAAUGCACGGACUCUCUGCUGCUUGAUUUUUAAAGUUUUAGAGUCUGAGACCAUCAGAUCCAGCAUCUCCUCGCCCAGAUCUUGCUUUCUGGUAAUAUAUAUAUAUUGUAAUUAUUUCGUUUGCGGCAAGAUGGAGGCGAAGCAUGGUUCAGUGGUAGCUAUGCUUGGUUAUGGCGCGCUAAUGUGCGCCGGGGAGGCUUUAGGGACCUUGCUGGUCUCCGUUCUGCUGAAAACCCUGCUCUCCUCUACGCUUCAGGAUCCUAACAUCAAAGGAGAUCAAUGCACCCAAUACCAAGACAAUCUGGUUGAUGCUGAUGGAGACGAUGGCAAUGAAGAUGACGAGGAAGAUGAUAAUGAUGGUGAUGGUGGGCUUGAAGAAGGCGAAGACGAGCUGUCGUCUGAAGAUGGAGAAUAUGGUAGCAACCCCAACAACAAUAAGAGUAACUCAAAGAAAGGUCCAGAUGGUGGUGCAGGUGCAGGUGGAGCAGAGGAGAACGGAGAAGAUGAAGAGGAUGAUGAAGAAGAUGGUGAUGACCAGGAUGAAGAUGAAGACGAUGAUGAAGAUGACGACGAGGAUGAGGAUGGUGGUGAAGAGGAAGAGGAUGAAGGGGUAGAGGAAGAAGAAGAAAAUGAGGAAGAGGAGGACGAAGAUGAGGAAGCACUCCAGCCCCCAAAGAAGAGGAAGAAGUGAAUGAAGUAAGAAAAAGAGAGGAGCCUCCCACAAGUACCGACUCUACGUGACUCGUCUAACUCCAUCUGAGGGAGGCAUGUUUAUUAGAAUGGUGGUUCUUUGGGUAAUUAUAUUUCUAUUGCACGAUUAGAGUACUGUAUAACUAUUGAGCUGAGGCAAUGAUAAAUUUGACAAAAAAAAAAAAAUUUGUUACGGCUUCUGUUUUCAGCUACGGUCGGUCAGGUUCUAGCGUAGAAUCUUUUCCUUUUUUAAGUAAAUUUAGUUUCCGGUGGUUUAAUUCAAUUGCCUACAUCUGCACUCCUAGCGUGUAUUGAGUGAAAUUUGAGAAAGAAUUGUAUUCUAACUUGCUUA